UUUUCAAUUUUGUCCUUCAAAAAUAAUUUUUAAGAUAGGCAAAAUAAAAUGUAAACCUUUUAGGUUUAUGUGCAAUUGUGCAGGGAUGUACAAUGUAAUUGGUGGGAGAAACAUCAAAGAUCUCCCUUGCUUCAACUUAUGCGAGCAUGAAGUGAUAUGCUGUAUCAAUGGCGUUUAAAAUCCUUACCAGAACACUCGUUCUGCCAAAAUCCAUCAAACAAAUCCCAAGUCAAAUCCCUAAUUUUUCUACAUCAAUCUGCAGCAACACGACUCCUCUUUCAAAUCUUUUCGAAAGGUACGGUUUCCCACCUUCUAAUCUUCAUACGUUUUUCGCAAAGAACCGAUUUUUGCUCGAUUCCAACGUUCCCAAUGUCGAAAUGUCCUUGAAAAUCAUAUCAUCCUUCUCUUCUUCCAAGAAUUUUGUUGUCUCCAUGGUAAAUAACUGUCCUAGGGUUUUAGAACUCGAUUUUCUCAAGAAAUGGGAAAUGGGUAUUUCCAAAUUAGGGUUUUCAGACAACAGUAGUCUGACAAUGAACAUCCUUGAAGUUUCCAGGAAAUUCGAUUUAUACCCAGAUGAUGUUUUACAAUGUAUGGAGUGUUUGCGGGGUUUUCGGUUUACCCCUGCUACCAUAACUAAGAUUUUAGAGGAACUUCCAAUGAUAAUCACCAUGAAAGAAGAAAAUAUUUGGGGUAAAAUCGAAUUCUUAUUAGGAAUUGGAAUCCACAGGAGUAAAAUAGACACCAUAAUCCAAACUUAUCCAGGUAUUUUAGGAUUUGGGGUGGAGAACAAGUUGAAGCCUUUAAUCUCCGAGUUUACUGAAAUGGGGUUUAAACCUAAUGACAUUAGAGAAGAAAUAACGAGAAACCCCAAAAUCCUUCAAUCAGAAGUGGGAGAGCUUUCGAAAUGUCUGAGAAUGUUAAACAGUUUAAAAUGUAGAGUCCCAAUUAAAGAAAAGAUUUUUAGCGACGGUGUAUUUAGGGCGUCAUAUAAAGUUAAGUUAAGAAUCGAUUGCUUACACAAACACGGGUUGAUAUAUAAAGAUGCAUUUAGCAUAUUAUGGAGAGAGCCAAGGGUAAUGUUAUACGAAUUAGAUGAGAUUAAUAAAAAGAUUGAGGUUUUGAUAAAUACGAUGAAGUUUGAUGUUGUUUGUUUGGUUGAGGUUCCGGAGUAUUUGGGGGUAAAUUUUGAGAAACAGAUUAUGCCUCGUUAUAAAGUGCUUGAGCAUUUGAGAUUGAGAGGUGGAAUUGGUGAUGAAGUAGGAUUGAGGAGUUUGGUUAAGUUUAGUAGGUUAAGAUUUUAUAAUCUUUAUGUGAAGCCUUAUCCAGAAUGUGAGAUGAUUUAUGGGAGGUUUGUGGAUGUUAAGGUUAGGAAGGGAUGUCCAGAAGGAAUGUGGAAGCUUUUUAAACCACGGAAGUAUCCGGAAUCAGAAGAAGAUUUGAAGAACAUGAAGUCGUUUAUGGAACAACUGCGAUAAUAGAGAAAAUCAUUGGAUUUUGCUGAUGCAUUUUGGAAACUUGGGAUGCAUAAUCUUGUAAAUUCAGUCACAUAAAGGUGGUGUUACGUAUAAUUGUGUUUGUUACAUCAUACAUGAGAUGAAAAGGGAUUCCAAUUGGAAAAGCUUUAUAUGGCUUUUUUUGUGAUGAGUAUGACGAGGGUAUUUAUGUCUUUUGCACAUUCCUACCUUACCUUGUUCCAUUUUUGUGAAUUGCACUGAUAAUCAAGUUUCGUUACCCCAUUGUUCAUGCCAGUUCGACUUUUCUUCUUAUGGUUCACUUCUCAGAAGUGUUUUACUUGAACUUUGUCUGCUGCUUGUUGAGAAUGUCAUGUUAAAAAUGUUGAAGCUAUAAAAACUCAAUUUGCCCAAAUAAAAGAGGUUAUAAUAAAUUAUUUGAA